AGGAACGACGCAAGGCUGGGGGGCUUCGGGACUUGUUAAGGCUUGUUUAAAUUCUUACGGUUUGUGUUUCCAAGAAGUCGGCGAGGGAAGUGGGAGGAGCCGGGGCGGAGGAGCGUUGUGGCGGCCCUCGGGCCUCGGGCUGCGGCUCCAACCCGGUCUGGGGGUGGGGCCGGGAGGCCACCGCCCGGGGAGGACAGGCUGGCAGCAUGACUGCUGUGGGUCUGGCAUGAGGAACUCGGAUGGUGGAGAUGCCUUUUGUCAAAGUGGACGAGAGAGGUGGAGCCAGACAAGGAGCGAGAUGCCCCAGGGACAGGCCGAGCCCAGAGAGGGGCCAAGAUACGUGUUCAAGGGUCAUGAGCAUCUGGAUGGUGCUCCACUCGCUCUGCUCAGCUUUUGUCAAGGUGCCUGCCCGCGGGGGCAGGGGGCGGUGGGGGAGAGCUCCAGGGCCCUCACCCCCGCGACCGCCGGCCUCGGGAGAGCCUCCACCUUGGCAGCAGGCUGAGGACGCAGCGCAGGUGCUGCCAUGGGCUUCUUUGCUCACAAGCUGGGUUUCCUUCCAGAUUCUGUUCACCAUGGCCAGGCGCCCUCGGAGCAGCAGAGCUUGGCAUUUUGUCCUGAGUGCCGCCCGCCGAGACGCGGAUGCACGGGCCGUGGCUCUGGCAGGAACCGCAAACUGGGGCUACGACUCUGACGGGCAGCACAGUGACUCUGACUCCGACCCCGAGUCCUCGGCCCUGCCGCCGCCCAUCCCCAGCGCCGUGCCUGUGACCGGGGAGUCCUUCUGUGACUGUGACAGCCAGAGUGAGGCCUCCUUGUGCGGCAGCCUGCACGUGGUGCACCGGGGCAAGGACAAAGACUGCCGCUGCGGCGAGGAGGAUGAGUAUUUUGACUGGGUAUGGGACGACCUGAAUAAGUCUUCGGCCACUCUGCUGAGCUGUGACAACCGGAAGGUCAACUUCCACAUGGAAUACAGCUGUGGCACCGCGGCCAUCAGGGGCACCAAGGAGCUGGGGGAGGGCCAGCACUUCUGGGAGAUCAAGAUGACCUCGCCGGUCUACGGCACUGACAUGAUGGUGGGCAUUGGCACGUCAGACGUGGACCUGGACAAGUACCACCACACGUUCUGCAGUCUGCUUGGCAGGGAUGAGGACAGCUGGGGCCUCUCCUACACAGGACUUCUCCACCACAAGGGCGACAAGACGAGCUUCUCCUCGAGGUUUGGCCAGGGUUCCAUCAUUGGUGUGCACCUGGACACUUGGCAUGGGACGCUCACCUUCUUUAAGAACAGGAAGUGCAUAGGCGUGGCAGCCACCAAGCUGCAAAACAAGAAGUUCUACCCGAUGGUGUGCUCCACGGCCGCCAAGAGCAGCAUGAAAGUGAUCCGCUCGUGCGCCAGCAUCACGUCCCUGCAGUACCUGUGCUGCUACCGCCUGCGCCAGCUGCGGCCCAACUCCAGGGACACGCUGGAGGGCCUGCCCCUGCCGCCUGGCCUCAAGCAGGUGCUGCACCACAAGCUGGGCUGGGUCCUGAGCAUGAGCUGUGGCCGCCACAAGCCCCCUGUGCCCUCCCCCAAGGCCACAGCCACCCCCGGCAGCCCUGAGCCCCGGCACUGCCAGAGGAAGCGCUGCCGACGGACCUAACUUCUCUUCCAGUGAAAACUGCCUUCCUGGGGCUGAGGGGGCGUGCCCUCCAUCCCUCCCUUCGGGCCACGCUCCAGAGGGAGGCCUUGGGCUGAGGUCUGUCUUGGUGCCUUUCCCUCUGUUCCCCAAGGCGAGGACAGGCCCUGGAGCCUGAGUGCAUCUGGCUCCCGCCUGCACUGUGUGGAAGCGGCAGUGCCCUGCUCUCCUGGACUGACUGCGGGCCUGGAAGGCGGCGCCCAGGAGGCUGCGGCCCCGCCCACGAGGACACCCCGUUAGAGGCGGCCCUGGAGGUUGCCGCCAGCCUUGAGUUCUCUUUAACUUGCUUGUGCAUGUCAUCAGUUGCUGUCCCUCCCCCCCCAGACUGAGAUGACUGUAAUAAACCUGGAUUUUGUGUAACA